AUGGAUUUAGCACACGAGACCAGUGUUCUGCUGUCUCUCAACGAUCUCAGCUGCGUCCCGAAAGUGUACGGCCAGGUUGUGGGAGGCAGCAGACCUGGUCUUGUUAUGUCAGCUGUACCCGGGACAACGCUGGAAAAGUUUUUGGAAAAGUGGACAACCGACAGUUGUUUCCAUAGGUGCGUCACUAGGGUAGAUUUCCUCCACAUCUGCCUCCAGGUGGUGAGGGCCAUCAAGUCGUUGCAUUGCAGUAACAUCUUGCACAACGACUUAAAGACAGACAACUUGAUGGUCCAGAUACUCUCACAGAACCAUCACAUGUUCAGAGUCUUUGUGAUAGAUUUUGGAAAUGCCACUCAAGUAGGCCAGUACAACGCCUACCACAUAGACCCUGACGAUGUCAGAGAGGGCAGGGUCACCUGGCUGGCCCCAGAGGUGAGGAGAGGGGAGCCUACAUCUAUCUCAUCUGACAUCUACAGUGUCGGUGUCGUGCUACGAGAUGUCCAACACAGCACUGGCCUCUACGACGACCUGGACAAUCUGGUUGAAGGGUGCACGAGGGAAGAGCCCGUUUGUCGGACACCACUGGGCGAAGCAGAAAAGAGGCUUCUGCUGAGGUACAAGAGCCUCAGGGGAUAG